CGUUCAGCCAAUCACGUCGCUGCUCCUCCUGCUCCUCCUGCUCCUCCUCCCUGACUCCGUGGUUGCGGACAGUGUCGUAUUAUCUGAGCGGUGAAAGAGUGAAUUGGAUCCGCAGGAACAUGCCCGAGGUCCCGCCUGGAGCUCCGGAGGUUUCCCGGAAAAGAGGCGCAGAGGCCGGGGCACCAUCUCAACGAGGCCCGGAGAGGAAGAAGGCCUGCUGGGGCAUUCUGACCAGCCAAGGGUCGUGGGCAGAUCGCUCCCCUCUCCAUGAAGCAGCCUCUCAGGGUCGACUGCUCGCUCUCCGCACUCUGCUGGCUCAGGGAUAUCACGCCAACAUCGUCACCAUCGAUCAUGUGACCCCUCUCCAUGAAGCCUGUCUGUCAGGACAUGUCGCCUGCAUCAGAGCACUGAUAAACGCCGGAGCUAAUGUGAACGCGGCCACCAUCGAUGGCGUCACUCCUCUGUACAACUGUUGUUCUUCCGGCAGCGUCGGCGGCGUGGAGCUGCUGCUGCAGAGUGGAGCGUACACACGCGCCUCACACACACACUUCCCUUCAGCUCUGCACGAAGCCUGCAAGAGAGGUAGCAGCCAGUGUGUAGAGGCACUGCUGUCUCAUGGUGUUGAUCCAGACUACAUGGUGUCUCACCUGGGUUCUCCUCUCUACAUGAGCUGUCUCCACCAACACGCUGCCUGCUCCAGGAUUCUGCUGCACAAAGGUGCCAGUGCUAACGUGGGCAGAGACAGAGACAGUCCGCUUCAUGCCGCUGUCAGACAGGACAACGCUGACCAGGUGUCAGUCUUACUGGAAUAUGGAGCUGAUGUCAACCUCAGAGACGAAAACGACCAGCGACCUGUGGACCUUGCGCCCCCUGGUGGAAAAACAAAGCAGCUUCUCCAUAUAUUUGAAGUUUCUCCGAGGACUCUCCGCCAGGUGUGUCGUAUCCAUAUCAGGCGUCUGAUUGGUCGAUCCAGGCUGACGGAGCUGCACUGUCUUCCUCUGCCCCCUCUGCUCACUCAGUACCUGGAGCACACUUAGGCUACGUCCACACUACUUUGUUGUAAUGUAAAAACGCAUGAGGUCUGCCCUGUGUUUCAUCAUUUAUGAAUGACUGUGGUAACAUGUAUUUGAAGCCCUGGUUCGGCCUGGUCUUAACAUGGAUAUUUGAUACACUCCAUGGACAAAAGUAUUUGGACGCCUGACCAUUUCACCAGCAGGGACUGUAAUGAUGUAUUCAAAUACACAUACAGUCCUUUAAAAUGGAGUGGGUUCCCCUUUUGCAGAGUUCAGGUGUGUCCAAAUACUUUUGUCCAUAUAGUGUAGGUUCACACUGGUUUCCCACAGAGUUACACUGUAAGUUGUAUUGUUUCAGCUUUUUGGUAGGUUUGAAGACAUGUCUUCAAAUGGAACACUUCCUACGAAGGAAAAUGAAAAAGUUUGACCUUCCACCUUCUGUCCACACUGUCCAGACGUUUUUUUUAAAAAUGCUUCUGGCUCCGUGUUAGCAUAGACGAUCAAAAAAGAGAGAGCUUGGAAAAGGAUGACGGCGUUACCUGCAUGUGCUUCCUGGCUGGUUCUUAUCAGCUGCGACUCGACGAUCUACGAUUCUUGGUCCUCUUUUUUAUCCUUGUUGUUUUGCGUUUGUUAUCGUUUUCGGGAAACGAUGGAGAAUCAACUUCCUGUUUACACCUUCAUGUGCCUGCUCAGUUUCCCUGAAUGGUCAUGUGAUGUACUUUUUCAGGCACGUAAGCAUGGAUGAAGAUUACGUGUGAAACUGGGCUAAAAUGCUCAUCUGGACUUUAACUGAAAACAUAGUCUUAGAACUGUCCCCUUGUCGGAAGCUUCUGUUGAAUCAAAUCUUAAAACAGACUCAUGUUUUAUCAUUCUGCAUUUCUUGAUUUCACCUCAUUUUUUUAUAAAAUGUGCUCAUGUUUCUCUGUUUUUUAUUUAUUGUUUUGCCUUUAAACGUGUGUUUUAAUGUGUGAGCCACUAUAACCUUGUUUUAGGACGUGCUAUAUGAAUAAAGCUUGUUAUUGAUGUUA